CUCAUCAGAUAGAAGGAAAGAGAACACAAGAGCACGUGUUCCCGGGGGCUGACCCAGUUGAUCACCCCUUUGGUGCCUGUGUUAACGCUUCGUCUGGGUGGCUCUUGCCUCUCUUGCUCCUAAUUCUUGAUGUCCGUGUUGGUCCCUCCUGCUGGCUGUAUUGCUCUCCUGCUGUAGCUGCGUCUUCCACCAAGCCUAUAACUCCCUGCUGCUGGUCGUUGGCUGUUUUGGGGUACACGGAGAGUGUGAAGGCGCUCCAUUAAUUGUGAGGUCUGGUUGAUAGGUCUGUUGAAAGUGAUGGAGUCUGAGGAUGACUACAGUGACUAUGAGGAUAAAACUGAAACACAAAGUUACCAGCUGUUGUCUUCUGAGCAUGAUCUGCUUAGAGUGAGUGACAGCCUUUCAAGAAAUGAGAGAUGCAGUCAAAUUAACAGUAUAAGUAAAAAUCGCUUCUUGGUUCUUGAAGCAGAAAAUGACUGUGGAGAAUGUUAUAUUCAAAGUGCAGUUGACCAUCAGUCUGAAGAAGAGGAAUUUCAUGUACAAGAUAUAAAGCAGCUAGAAAAUAUCCAGGAUCAUGGAAGGAUGCAGAUCAGUAUGAAUGGCACAAGAAGCUCUUUACCAGACAAAUCAUCUGUUUCCUCUCCAUGCACAGCUGUUACUACGGCAGGUGGAAAUAGCUCUUCAAGAUUUUCUCGUCUCUUAUUCCUCAUAAAACAGGGAAAAUGUUCCCCAGAUGUGAAUGAUGUGAAUGAUAGGCUUCUAAAGAGAGGAAAUUACUUUGAUCAAAUAAGCUGUAUUCAACAAAAUAAAAGUAAUAAUUUAGAUUGCAUAAGAAAACUAUCAACAUGCAACUCUCAAGAAAAUUUAUCAACAAGUGAUUUCUCUGGUGUUGACUCAUCGGAAACAUCUUCCAGUAACAGAGAUGAUGCCGUAAAAUACCUGACAAGUACCGAACAUGAGCACACUUUUUUGAUGUCUUGUGAUGCAGAGGCAACUAAUACUACCAAACACUUGAGGCCCCCUGAAUUAUAUUCUGAUACAUUAACUGGAAAAGCAGCCGAAAGUAGGUAUCCUAGCCAAAAGAUAUUUUCUGUGCACCUUUCACAUGAAUCGAAUGCUUUGCAACAAACCUUUAAAAAUUAUCUUUCAUAUACGAGGUACUUAUACAGGAGACAGAAACCCUCCAAUAAUUCUGAAAUUAUAUAUAAUGAAAAGAGUAGAAGCACUUCUGUUAAAGAGGACAGUUCAUUUAAAAGAGUUAAGGAGCAGCUUAAGAUAUUUCAUCUGAGAAUAAAAGUUAACAUUUUAGCUCAGCCACUUCCAGCAACUUCAAAUGAGGAGAAAGAAUGGUAUUCCAGACUUGAAAUUCACAUAAAUGAAUUAAGAUCAGCAAAAUCUCAAGUUGAUUUAGUUGAGAAACUGUCAGUGUUUUCCUCUGCCCUUAAGAGUGACAUGUACUUGGGAAACUGCUUUUUAAUUAGCCUCAUGAGUUACGCACAGUCAGUUCUUGAUUUGGAAAAUAAUUUGGCUGAAAUUUGCGAUAUUAUCAUGUGUUUAAUUCCUUGUAUCAAUGUUGUUGUCACCAAGAAAAUUAACAAAAAGACUAUUAAUGUUAUUAAAAAUGACAACAUUAUCCAGACUCUUUACAAGUCAAUGAUAAAUGUAUUCAAGCAGGAAACAAGGUACACUGAAGGAUCCAUCAGGGAGCUGCUACAACAUAAAGAUGACAGUAAGAUCAAGGUUCAUAUAGCACGAAUGACUCCGCAAGAAUCAAAAAAGUUAUUCCAAGAGACCUUUGCUGAUCCUGGGAAUCCUGCUGAUAUGUAUCUUAUUUAUACCUGGCAGAUUUUAAAUAUUUAUGAAGUGAGAGAAGAUAAUAUGCAGGGAACAUCUGUGUUGUCACUCACACAGCUGUUGGAAGACUCGGGAAAGUUUAUAAAUAUAGUUCCAACAAAGGAUUUAAAAAGUAAGGAAGGAAAGGUUCCAUUUAAGAAUGUUACAAAGAUGCCAGCACUGCAAUCAAGUGAUAAUUUGAAAAAGAAUUCAAAUUCGAAAGCAAUGAUUGACUUGAGUUUUGAAUGGGCAGAUUUUCACGUUGGUCAGCUGUAUGAAAAUGGAGUAGUAUUUCUCAUUAAUAUGACUGACUGGCUUGAUUGCUUGAAGGAAAUCUCUUCAGCUAUUGAAAAGUUGGAAGUGAAAAAGAAGGUCAAGUUCCUGCCAUCACUUGGAUCUACAUAUUCAUUACCCUUGCAGCAUGGCAUUUGUAUCCUUAAUGGUAAAGAAGAUUUGGCAUACAUUCGAGUAAAAGUUGUGAGAUCAGCAGGCCCAGUUGCUUGGGUUUACGGUAUAGACACAGGGAGUAUACACAUGUGUGAAGUGGGAGAUCUUAUUCUUCUCCCUGCUGCAGUUAUCAACUAUCCCCCAUGUGGCAGACUGGCUUUGUUACCACUUGUGCCAGCCCCCUGUGCAACAAUGGUUUCACCAUCUUUGACGCUCCUGGUGGUUCUCGCACAAUGCUCUGACUUGGCUGAGGAUCUCUGUAAUGUAAACAUUUGGUCGAUUGCCAGCUUGAUGCAGGUUAAAGAGUUGACACAGCUGACUCUGGAACUUUUAAGAGCAAUUGUUGAGAACAUUCCCAAGACUGAUCUCUUACCUGAUGUGUGUUCAGUCAUCACAGAUUACUUACUAAGAGCAACAUUAAGGAAAACACAAGACCUACUAUGUACUAGAACAGCAUAUUCAAUUCUCAUCUCUGCAAUAAAGACAUGUUCCAAGAUACGUCUUUCUCUGGCAAAAGAGGGGGUUUUCACUACACUGUGUAAUUUGGGGCUCAAGACUGGGGAGCAGCAGGCUUUUCAAGUUGUCAAGAUGCUAUUAGGUGGAAGAAAAGCAAUGAAGAAGUGGUCCAGCUUGUCCAGAAAAGUGUCACAUAUUCAUCACAAAAGAGGUUUGCAUAAUUGGAAACCACAGAGAGACACAGUACAAGCCCUCAGUACACCUUCCGAUACAGACAGUUCUCCAGCCAUAAUAUGUUUGGCAGUAAUGACCAGCCCGGACCGUAACUGGGAUUUGGAGGUGCGUGGUACUAUCAAGAGUAAGCAGCUGGUUCCUUACCAAAGUCAUGGAGGAUGGUGUCAGGACAAAGGACAAAUAAUUACCACUUAUACUGGUGAACUUCACUAUGGAUCUAUGUUCAAUGUUCUGAACGAUGAUACUCACCACAUAAUCCUUGAGAAAAGUGUUCCAAACAUCAGGAUGAACACCCUUCUUCAGAUUAUUCUGGGGAUGCUGAACACUGGCCUUGGAGGUAAAAUAUACAUCGGCCUCAAUCAGUUGGGAAUUGUUGAAGGGGUGAGGACAAGCAGGAAUCAGCGUGACUGUUUCAUGCUUGGCUUUACUAAGCUGAUAACAUCGGAGAUUUAUCCAAUGGUACUCCCAUGUGAUUCACUCAUCCAGUUUAUUCCCAUCAUACGUUCUGGAAAUCUCACCAAGGCAACCCAGUCCUCGCCAGCGUCUUCAACUCACCCCUCAGAGUCUGACUACUAUGUUAUCAUUCUUACAGUGCGUCCACAACAAAGCACAUUGUAUCGGUACCGUGAUGAUCCAGAGCCCAUAUUUGUUCGGGAAGGUGGUGUGACGAACACCCUCCGUGGACAGCAGCUCGACCAACGACUGCUUUCUUCCGCAAAAGAAGUUUGUGAAUUACAGCAGCAGGUGUCUCAGGAGAAACAGUCAAUGCUUGAUAUGAUACUGGUAAAAAAAUCACAGCACUUUUAAAAUUAGCAAUUUUUUGGCAUACUGUAACAGUCAUGUGUUUUGUAUCCACAUACAGUGUAUAAUUUCAGGCUUUAGAAAAUAUUUUUUGCCCUACAGUAAUAUAUUUUCAAGUUUUAUUCUUUGUCAUCUUCAUGUAAUGAUGAAAUAAUGUGAAAAGCUGUGUAAGAAUUGGCAAGUGAAUGUUUGUGCUCAAGUUGUCCUCUUCUGUAAAGAUGAGGUGUUUAUCAGUGCUGAGCAGUCACACUGCAUAGGUGAGUCUUGGCUUAAUACAUAACCUACUUUUUGGACCCCUCUCUUGAAAUCGCAUCUUGUCCCAGACUUUUGGACUGUACCUCUUGAUAACUGACUUCUUCACUUUUGUAAAUAUACUUUUGUCUUCAGUUAGUUCUUUAAUUUUGUUGGAAUUAAUUUACUGUAGAUCAGUGUUUUGUUUAAGUUCAUAUACACAAAUAAAAGCUGAAAAUUCUGGUUAAAUUAAUAUAGAGCUUUAAAUUGUUAUUGGACAUUUUCCACUUGCCAAUAUAUUUACUGUAUCAAAAAUACAUCUAAUUUAAAAAAAAUGAUGUAAAGGCAUUAUGAAUAAGUGUUUAUUAUAACUGUAAUGAACUUUUUUAUUGCAUAUUGUAGACCUAGUCCAAAACACUAGUGAGAAGCUCUGCACAAUGAAAUCACGAUUGCAUCUGGGGUGACCUAGAACCCUGAGUUUGAUUCCAUUGCACUGUUAGAUUUUCUCAUUAGUCCUUUAUUUGGCACAUUUCUUUAUUAUAAUUAUUUUCUUUGUCAACAUUCUCUAUAAAGUUGAAUAGGGAUUA